GGAAAGUGUUCUCCUUUAACUGCAGAGGUCUCCCCAUCCCCUCACACACCUUUACCAGGCUUUGGUUUCUUCCUACACAGAGCAGGAGGCGGAGGAGAGGACGGAGAUCGUAGAUACGCAUCCUAGUUGAAGUCAAUGAGAACUUCUCUUCGGAGGAAACGGGCUUUUGUGAAGGAGCUUCAUGACGUUUGGAGAUGCUUUUGAUGGUCUCAGCCGGUGAUAUCGCUCCGUUCAUGGUCAGAACAAAACUGAGAGACCAUUUCAAUGAACUCAGUGUGCUCGUUUUGAGAAGCAAAGGAGACGUUUCUGUAGGAUUCUCAGUCAGGAGACGUGAUGUCUGCCAGCGCGCGUGCCCUGCUCUUAGUAUUGCUGAGUGUGCUUCAGGCAAAUGGCCAGACGGAGAUGAAGAGGGUGGUCGGAGACAACGCCACGCUGCCGUGCCACCAUCAGCUGUGGCAAGCCGACAUCUCCCUGCUGGACAUCGAAUGGAUGCUGCAUAAAUCCAGCUCACAGCAGAAAGUGGUCAUCACAUACUUUGCAGGAAAGAUCUAUGACCCCAAUGAGAGUGAAGCUGGGCGGCUUUCCCUGGCAGGAGACUAUCUGAAAGGCGACGCUUCGCUUUUGAUCAGUGACCUCUUACUCACCGACUCUGGAGAAUACAUCUGCAAGGUCAAGAACGGCGGGAAGUAUUACUGGAACACAGUCAAACUCAUUGUGCUCUAUAAGACAUGCAAACCACGCUGGUUAUGGAUGGAGGGCCGUUUGCUGGAAGGAAUGUCUGUGUCAGACUAAACUGCACAGUCCACAGAUGUUACUGAUGGAUCAGCUACAUAUGGGAAGACAGUCUUAGACAAAGGAAUAUUCUAUUUAAUAGGGCCACCUCUGGCCCUCAUAGAUCUGAAGAACCCUGAGAUUGUGACAUUGAAAAAUCUGACGAGGGAAAGUGCGGGUGUUUAUAAAUGCACUGCCAGCAAUGAUGUCGGAGAAGAAAACUGCACUUUAGAGGUCAAAGUUCACUAUGUCCGGGGGAUGGGUGUGGUGGCUGGCGCUGUGGUGGGCGUGUCCUUUGGCGUUCUCCUCAUCAUCCUUAUCGUCUGGCUUGUUUUCCGCAAGAAAGAGAAGAAGAAAUACGAGGAGGAGGAAGCACCCAAUGAAAUAAGGGAAGAUGCAGAGGCUCCCAAAGCCAAACUGGUGAAGCCGAACUCUCUCUCCUCCUCCCGAUCUGGUAGUUCUCGCUCUGGGGCUUCCUCCACUCAGUCUAUGGUGCACAGCAGUGUCCCCCGUGGGCCCAGGCCUCGGCUGCCUGUCGUGGCUGCCCUUAAAGAAAGCGGGCAGCCCGAAAACUUCCCUCCGGUCCCACCACCGUACAACCAUGUGGUCCCCAAACCUCCGGAGCCCGGCAGUAGCCCCAAAGCCAGCCCGGCAAAACUCAGCCCUGGGAACCUGGCGAGGAUGGGCGCCACACCGGUGAUGAUUCCCGCCCAAACCAAGGCAUUCCAGACUGUGUAGGAAUAAUAAACGGCCUAAACAUACACACAAACAGAUAAAUACACACACUGCAUCGAGCAUCAAAUCCCACAUCUGGUAUCAGGAACAUUCCCAAAGGAUUGCCCAUUCCCUGCGGAAAACCCAGGUGGUCAGGAUUUUUGAUUCAACAGAUUCAACUGUGUUGGAAAAUAAAUGCUUUUGUUGUUUUUAUGUGCACACUGAAGUGGAAGAAGACCCCUUGUGGAGUGUAAAGGGUAAAGGCAGAGGGAAAAAGGGGGUUUGGAUGUGGAGGGCUGUGGCUUGUGUUAUUAUGAUGGUUUGAGCAUACAAAAGAGGCAGAUAUGAACAGAGAUACAACUCUGCCUUUACCCAGAGAGACAGCCUGUCUGCCUGACCGCACACUUCCCGCCCUUGCUGGGUUUGAACUGACAGCUACAGAACUGGAGGAGAAACUCACAAAAGCGGACUCUUUCCGGCACCUGCUCACCCGCCCCUAUGAGGAUUCACAUCUGCCACUCAUUUCCUCAGCCAAUCAGCAUUCGCCAGGCGGCCCAGUGGGCAUCACACUUUAACAGCCAAUGGCAGGUCACCUGCUGGGCACAGACUCUGCGAUUGGCCCAGAAUGAGGAGAAAUCAACACACUACUACAUAAACAGUGACAGUAAAUUUGUUUGUUCUUCAUUAGAGCUAUAUAUAUAUUCCAUACGAAUAGACAUAUUCCAUAUUUAAGAGGUAUUUAAAAGAAUUUCAUAUAUUUCAGUUCAUUUGUAUCGUGUGCACAUUCCCUUUAAAUCAUUCAUUCACAUUCUUCAGGAUAAUUCAACCAGUAUCUUCAGUAAUGAGGUUGAUUGUCUCAGUGGGGAAAUGGUUUGGCUCCGCUUUGGUUUUUUGUUGG